CCGGUAUGUGUCGCGCUGCCAAAGGUUUGGGGAAGAAACAACGUUCAAACUUGAUCUGUAUAAUAGCAUUGUGGGGUUUAAUUUUGAUGGCAUUUAGCGAAUUAACGUCGAGCUCGUCAGGUGGUUGUAGGUUUGUUUUGUGUUGGAAAAAAGUUUUCGAUUUUUUUUUCUCCGGUGGCAGCCUAGGUGAAAGGUUGCAGCGCCGAGUGUAAAAUCACGGCCGAACGAUCGUGCCAUUCGAUUGCCCAAGGAAGCUGACGCGAACGGAAGGAAAAAUCCUAAACGGUUCUGCAGUCGGACGAAACAAAGCGAAAAAAUAUAAAGUGGAAACGAGCGUGACUGGAAUACGAAACGGGGGAUAAGUGGCGAAGCGGAGUUUAAAAACGAUUACCUGUUGUUCUUUUUCUGUUAUCUGUGCCAAUCGUGUCGUGUAUAUUUCGACCGAUAGUGUAAAAAGAAGUUUGUUUUGGGCACUGUGCUAACGAUCGGAAGAAUCAACCGAAAAGUGGUGCCUGUACUAGGCGACAAUUUUCCUAAAAGGUGCUCGUGUCGGAAACUGAGAAUACGAAAAAUUUAACGUGACAGCAGUUAGACAGUUGGAGAACGCUAAGCCUCGUGAGGAUUAUUGACCCGGUAGUGUGAGGUGUGCCGAAAGGAACAGUGUUUAGCAACGGACCAGGCUGCUCAAAACGAAACACACGUCGUCGGGAGGAUAAAAUUUGCAAUUCGAAAAUGCUGCGACCGACAGCAUUACUAAUCUAUGCGCUGGUGCUCACGCGGGCGACCCAAGCAGUCGUCAACGGUGAUGCUCAGCGCCGGGAGGCACCGAUCGCCGAUUCCUACGGAGUGCCACCCUCUUCGCCCGGGGCCUCAGGUCCGGAGCAGCCAGCUCCAGUGUACGGACAACCGGCAGUUGCUCACUAUCCACCCCCACCUCCGGACGUGCCCCCACCUGCACCGAUCGGCGUACCACACAAGGAGUACGGCGUUCCCGUGCAAAACUUUGGCCCUCCCACGAUCAACAUCGAAUACGGACCACCGCAGCCAUCCAAACCGCACUUCCACCAUCCCCCGAAACCGGUCUACGGUCCACCCCAGCAGUCGUUCGGCCCUCCUCCUCCUCAUCACUCGUACGGUCCCCCACCAAAGAAACAAUCUUCCUUCCUUGACUCCCUGUUUUCAACAUUUGGCUUUGGAGGAGGAGAAGAACAUCAUCAUCACCAUCAUCAACCACCCCAGCAACACUAUGGCCCUCCUCCUCGACCGGUUUACGGACCACCCGCACAGUCAAUUCCGAAACCAUCUUACGGAGCACCAGCCCUUCCACAGCCCGCUCCCUUGUACGGUCCUCCACCAAAGCCAUCCUACGGCCCACCAAAGCCUGUAUACGGACCUCCGAAACCUAUCUUCAGCGCACAGCAAUCCUUCGGUCAUCAUUCGUCCGUUCACGUUCCUCCAACACCUCCCGAGAUCAAAUGUGACGGAUGGAAGCCGAUUGCCGGUCCCGUCGUUCAAUCCAGCCAAGUUGAAAUUCACGCACCGGAAUCCUCUUAUGGACCACCACCCAGCGGUGAUUUCUUGGCCAACCAUCAGCAGUCCGCGUCCGCAGAGGUAGGUUUGCAAUUACCCCGACUAGAGCCGGGACCAUCGUUCAACAACGAUCUCCACAGUGGCCUGGAACUGAACAAGGGAAAUAGUUUUGAGAUUCACUCGAAUUUCAUCACUGACUCUUACGGAGCUCCGCUACCGGAUUCGUACGCCCCCGGCAAGUACAAGCCUUCUUUCGCAAAGCCCUUACCUCCACCACCUAAACUUCAGUUACCACCCGCUGGCCUGUACGGACCACCCCAUCGUCCCGCACCCUACCCGGUUCACGGUUUGGGCAUCUCCCACGGAAGCGUCAGUGGCCAGUUGAAGCAAUGGUCUGGUCCAGUUGCUCCACCACGUCAACCGAUAGCCUACCGACCACCGGUUCCAAAGGGACUCAUCGAAUCCAUCGGACACACGGUGGAACAUUUGGAUAAUUUCGGCACUAAACCACACUAUUCCGGUGAUGUUUAUCUGCCCCCACCAACCAGUGACGUAGCCACUGCUCUGCCAGCACUCGAACUCAACACCCUACCAUCCGAUCAACCGCCGAAACCAUUCCUAACCCAACACCAACUGCCAGAAGCUCUAGCACAAGUUCAGCAACCACGCUACCAGGAACAGCAAAUUGUUGCCGUAGCUAAUGAAUGUGGACACGGUCCGGAACUGGCAUCGUAUGGCGCAAGUGAUGGUCAAGCCAGCUAUUUCGGAACAACAGGCUCCCAGUCAUACAGCAGUAGCAAUUCGAACAGUUUGGACUCAAGCUAUGGACCACCCGCAUCCGGUUCUAUAGGAGAGUACCGCAGCGGACACCAGCUGGUCAGCAGUGAAUCCGUUUCCACAUCCAACCUUCCCGGUUUAAGCGAUGGUCUCGGUGGGCUGGAGCUGGUUUCUGCUCAGAAAUCACAUAGUCUCUCAAUUCCUGUUCAAGGAAAGCUAGGCUCCUACCAAUUGCAGUUCCAGUCAGCCGAUCCAUCCGGCUCCCACCACGGAGAGGCUGCCCCUCAUGAACAAAUUCUAUCGGAAGGACUUCUGCAAUCAAUUUUAUCGGCCAUCGAACAACCACAGUCUAACUACCAACCGGAAGAGUCAUCAUAUGACCCAAACACCGAUCACAGCGAAGUGUCCGUGUUUCUGAAAAGUCCCGAAGGUCAAAAGACUCUCGCGGAUCCUCCCAGCGGGCCGAACCAUAAGCGAUAAGUGAGGAUUGAUUUCUUCAAGUAGUAACCCUAGUUAGGCAGUGCGUGCGUGUGUGUAUGUUUAUGCGCCAUAAUAAUUUCACCAUUUACUAGUUUCAACUCGGUUAUCGAUUCGGAGCCUUUCAAUCUCCCAAGUGAUACCGAUUUUUAUUUAUUUUCAUACUUCCCUGCUGCGAGUGAAUGCGAAACGAAAGUAUCGAACUGGAUCAAACAGGGCCAGGGGCCAACAGAGUUACCAUGUGUGUAGCGAGUGUGCCUUCCGUUUGCGAACGGUGUUCAAGUGCUGCAAUUUUUUAGAGAAAAAUACUCUAGCUUAAGAACGACAGCGAGAAAUCCGCCCCGAAGAGCAUCGAACAACGAGAGCAAACGACGAACGUCUCAACGAUAGCAAGUAGGAUAAUGAUGAAUUAAGAUGUUGACGAGAUUGUCGAGUGACAGGUGGUGUCAGGCAAAUGAUGUCCGAUACCGCCACCGUCGCCACGAGAUGGGUCACGUAGCAAAGUAUUAUAUUUAUCGGCAGAUCGAGGUGUUGGGAAAUGUUAAAUCAUCAUUGACGAAGGUAGCAAUUAGUAAUGAAAAGCUAUGGAAAGAGAGCAUGUGCGUGUGUGUGUGUUCGCGUUUAUCAUAAAUAGCGUUUUAAUUACCGGCAUGCAUUGUGAAGGCAUGUGCCGGGUGGGCUCGGCUUGACUCGGAAGGAUUAAUCAUGCCGAGCCGGUUGGAUGUGUGUAUAUUUAUUGAAGCUUUUAGGAGGGACGGCGUAAAAUGUAACAAUUACGAAGGAAUACGGAUAACGUAUAACUUAUAGGCAGCCAUGCGCGGUCUGUGUACCGGAGCUUGGGUCGAUUUGCAAUUACCGAUGUGGAGGAGAAGCUGGAAUAA